UAACACGUAAGGACCGUGUUGACUCCUACGCAAAAGCUGUGCCGCCGUGUCAGUAUACGUUCAUCGAGGGAUCGGAGCAGCACGUUUCGCUCACGCAUCGGAGACGCUCGCUUGCUAUUGCCCCGUCCGUCGCCUAAAUCGAUAGCGGCUAGCUGCCCUGAGCCAUGGUCCCCAAGCCUGAAAACAAGCUGACCGCCUGGUACGUGAACGAGCCGGAAAAGGUGCUGGACGCCCAAAGGAUCCAGCAAAUCAUCGGGGAAGGCGCGGAGUUCUAUGAGACUUCGUCGAACGAGGAUGCCGCUGCCAUGCUGGAGCGCAUCAGGCAGAGGAAGAAGAUUCGCUACGAGGACCGCCUCCAUCUCUCGCCGCACAAGGACGACUACGUGAGCAUGACGGAGAUGUUCCGGCGUGAGCACAAGCACCCGGACCAGGAAGUGCGCUACUUUGAGCGCGGCACCGGCUUCCUGGACGUGCGCGACAAGUCCGACCGGUGGCUGCGCCUGCAGGUCGGCGCGGGCCACCUGCUCGUUCUGCCCGCGCAGAUAUACCACCGCUUCUCACCGGCAACGCAACAGGAGGAGAUAGUGGUUCACCGCCUCUUUGAAGAUGUAGACACCUGGACAGCAGACUUCAGGGAUGACCAAGGCGACCAGUGACACGCCCCAUCCAUCUAUGUUUAGCUAUGCUGCUUGCGACUGCAUGGGGCAUGCAUUGCUUUGUGUGCAUCUGACAACUUCACCUUUCACAAAGGUGGCACCAUAUUUUCCACUUCAUUUAGCUCCUUCCACCACACGCAACAAGUCACUAACAUCAGUGCAUCUCCCUUGUCACAUGUGCUGCAGCAACACCACCGUGUGCAUGCAGGUUUGUUUAUUCAGCCAGCAACAAAUUUUUCAGACUUUAUCCUGCCAAACCUUAGAGUAGAAAGGGGGCACCUAGGUUUAUUUGCCUACAUUAUUCAUUAUCUGUUUCUGAAAUCUUAGGGCGUGGCUCUCAGGCACCCAUUCCUGCAUCGGCAUAACUGUGCAAACACUGAAAGAGCAAACUUGGAGAGCAAUGGCAGAUGAAAGGCAGCAAAAGCAGAGAUCACAAGAAGGAAAGCAGAGGAGGAAACCAGAAGCCAUCUUGAAGCACCACCAGAUGGCGCUCACGUCCGCAGGAACGGCCAUGCAGGAGAAAAAAAAUAACAGAAAGCUUGCCUUCGGGUACAGUGCUCGCCACAAGCAUUUCUCGGUAAAGAUUAUGACUGCAUAAGCUGCAGUUGCCAAGAAGUGGUAACUGUGUGGCCGGUCUAUAUAUAGUGCUAUGCAUCGCAUCUCUGCAGCAAUCCGAGCGAUGCCUCAAUACAUGUAUUCAGCUGCGCUCAAAUUUUGCAUUCGAAAGCCUCACAAUCGUUGAAUUUUUUGUACAUCUUAACACUGCAAACAUUUUGCAGCAUUUCUCACAGAAAUUUUGUGCAUUCUUCAUAAACGAGACUUAUAAACAUCAUGCUAGUAGUUUUGUACAGGCAAUGUCCAGUCCCCAAACAUCACAAAACAAAAUCAUACGAACACAUCUUAUGUAUGAUAGUACACAGGUAACCAUUAACACAGUAAACCGUCAAGCUCAGAUUGAAAUAUUGCUUAAAAAGGCACCUUGCCAUCUAGAUCAAGUGCCACAAGGCUCUGCAAGCAAUCCAUCAGAUACAGCAGUCAUGUGCACAUAUACUUUUAAUUAGACUAGAAAUGUGGUUCUCGUUACUUAUGUGCAGCAAAACCCACUAUGUUUCUGCAGCCAGAAUAAACCAGUAUUCUUGCACCCCUUAACAAAAGUGUGUGUGAUGUGUUCACAAAACAACGAAAGACAAGGCUCCAUCUGUCAGUAACAGCGGUAAAACUGCAAACAUUUAUUACUGUAGUGGCAGCGCGGGCCCUGUAACAGCUUCUAACUUGUCCUUGCAGCAAGAGACACUGCUCCUCAACAACAGAUGGAAAAUGGUGAUAAUUUACUCUUGGGUAUGGCAAUGGUUAGGAGUGGAGGCGGCAGUGCCCCAAGCUUGUCACCGGUGUUUCCAAUGCAUUGCUUCUACUUUGUGGCCUGCUCCAGGUAGGAUAUCAAGUCAGCUCGAUCUUGCGCCUUCUUGAGGCCAGCGAAGACCAUCUUGGUACCC